UGAUCACUGUGCUGUGCUGCAGCAUGAGGGCUCGAGCCUCAGACAUGCACAGCAAGGACUGUGUCAAAGUGGCCGUCCGAGUCAGACCGUUCAACAAGAGAGAGAGGGACGCAGGCAGCCGAUGUAUUGUCUCCAUGGUGUCGAGCUCUAUCACCAUCCAGGACCCACGUGAAUCCCAGAGUUGUCGGUCCUUCUGUUUCGACUACGCUUACUGGUCCCACAGCAGCUUCGCACGAGACCGCAGCGGCCUCUACGUGCCUGAAGAACCCGGGGGACGAUACGCCGACCAGAACAGUGUGUUCCAGGACCUGGGAGAGGGAAUACUGGAGAAUGCACUGCAGGGUUACAACGCCACACUGUUGGCUUAUGGGCAGACAGGCUCAGGGAAGAGUUAUUCCAUGGUGGGCUAUGGGCCUAACAAAGGCCUGGUUCCUAAACUCUGUGACCGACUGUUUCAGGCCAUUAGAGAGAACCAGGACACCAGACAGUGUCAGGUCUUUUUCAGUAUGUUGGAGAUCUAUAAUGAGCAGGUGGUUGAUCUGCUGUCCCGGGGGUCUCGUACUCCAGGGGGACUCAGAGUCAGAGAGGAGCAGCAAAGAGGCUUCUAUGUGGAGGGUCUUCGAACAGUCCCAUGUGACAGCGCACCACAGGUGGAGCAGUUGAUGGAACAGGGGACCAGGACCCGAACCACUGCUGCCACUAACAUGAACGCCAACAGUAGUCGCUCGCACAUGCUCAUUAUCCUCCAGCUCAAACAGAUCUUUUCCAAAGAGAGCAUCACAAAGCAGUCCAACAUCAACUUGGUGGACUUAGCCGGCAGUGAGCGUCAGCGGUCGUCAGGGUCAGAGGCUGACCGGCUCAAAGAGGGCACGGCCAUCAACCUGAGCCUCACCACCCUGGGCAAUGUUAUCAGCUCCCUCGCUGAUGUGGCGGUGGGGAAGAAGGUUGUCCACAUCCCCUACAGAGACUCGGCUCUCACCAAGCUGCUGCAGUCUGCCCUGGGGGGCAACAGUCGCACUGUUAUGAUUGCCACGCUGAGCCCUGCUGAUAUCUGCUAUGAGGAGUCUCUCUCAACCCUCCGCUAUGCUGAGAGGGCAAAGCGUAUCCAGAAUAGAGCAGUGGUGAACGAGAGCCCCACUGAGCGUCUGGUUAAAGAGCUAAAAGCCGAGAACGCCAAACUGCUGCAACGACUGAGCCGGCUGGGCCAAGAGGGACGCAGAGCGAACGAUGAGACCAAGGAACUUCGUCAGCUGCUGACCCAUAAUGAGCUCCAGAUCAGAGCCAUUCAGACACUAUGGGAACAACACUUGCAGGAGGCGCUGAAGGAUUGGGAGCAACAGUAUGCUAAUAUCACACAGGAGAGGAGGAUGAUGCAGAUGCAUCCCUACAUCCUGAACAUCAACGAGGACGCUCAGCUGUCGGGGGUGGUCAAGCUCUUCAUUCAGGAGGGUGAUUGGGACAUCGGCCUGUGUGACACUUCCCCAAGAUCCAUCUCUAUCAAGGGCUUAGGGAUUCAGGAGCGUCAUGCUGUGUUCAGUAAUGAACAGCGCAGAGUAACCCUGACCCUGCUGACUGGGUCAAAGGUCAUUGUCAAUGGCAACGCUGUCUUCCAGACAACUGAGCUACAGCACCUGGACCGUCUCAUUCUGGGCUCCAACUGUACCUAUCUGUUCAUUGGCUUUCCGUCUGAAAGGGGCGGGGAUGACUGGAGCCGCUAUGACUACGACUACUUCCAGUCUGAACUGGCUGCUGCUGAGGGAAUCCACCUGGAUGAGUCGAGUGCUGGGUCCACUCAAACAGACCCCAGUCUGCUGGCCGUCUUCUACGACUACGUCAAACUGAUGCCCAUGGUGGCGGAGGCCAACCAGAUGAGCCAGGAACUGAACAAGGGGGUUCAGUUUAAGUUGGAGAUAAAAAAUCUGGCAUUGUCUGAUUCAAAAGGCCACGAUCUGCAGAAAGAGAUUGUAGUCAGGGUCACCUCUUUGGGAAGAAAACAGGUAUGGAUGUGGUCCAAGGCCAAGUUUGUGAACCGUAAAUUCCUGAUGGAAGAAGCUUACCAGCAGCAUCAGGUUGUCAGCGGAGACGAUAGAGUAGAGGGGCUGUCUACAGCUGCGUUACCCAGAGAUGAAGACCCUUUCUGGGAUCCUGUGGAGCCGGUGCUUCUGGGCACUGCUCACCUCUGGCUUCAGUCUUUGGCCUUCCGCAUCCCUCUGGAAGAGCAACUUGAGGUGCUGGGGUCAGAAGGCACAGAGGAGGCAAUUCUACAAGCACAGCUGGUCCCCUGCACUUCCACUGGACUCCCUAUGUGUGAGGAUGACAUUCUGAUUGACCCGUCUGAGUUACUGGGUCGACGACUGGACUUCCAGCUGGUCCUGGAACAGUGUUGUGGCCUCCGGUGGAUCAGAGAGGCCCGCAACAGAGGGGUCCAAAUUGGUUUCAGGUUCUAUAACUGCAGCCAGCCUCUCUACUCUCCGGCUGUGUGGCACAACGUCAACCCUCUUCUGGAUCACAGAGUUCACUUUGCCUCCCUCCACACCUCCCAACGUCUGUUAGACCACCUGCAGAGCAGCGCUGUGGUGCUGGAGCUCUGGGGCCUUCAAGAGGGUUGUACUGACCUGAUAUCAUCUCUGGAGGGAGUGAGGAUGACUACAGACGGCAUCUUCAUCAUCGAGGAGGCAGGCCCAACAGUCACCGCACUUGUUGACUCUGCAGAGCUCAGCUGUUCAGUGAGAGCUCUUCAACAGGACUUGGAGGAACUGAAGAGUGUCAAUGCUGCACUGAGGAAAGAAAAUCAAAGUCUGAGAGAACAGCUCACCGCAGCUCGGAAUGGUGGUGAGAGUGCACGUGGUCGGUCGGUGCGUCCCAGCUGUGAUGCAGAGUUUGCUCGUGCUCUCAAAGUUUUCUACCACAGCAUGACCUCAGUCAGGGGUCAGCUGCAGCGCCUGCGCAGACACAGGCCCAGUGAGGAGUCCGACCUGCUGGGGCUCAGACUGUUUGUGGACGAGCAGAGUCGUCUGCUGAGGGACUUCUCCGAACAGCUGGAACAGAGCGUCUCCACACUGAAACAAGAUGUAGCCGCCAUCGUCCGCCGGAAACGAGAGCGAUCGGGAAUCUGGUCUUGACCGAGUAACCGUUUCACAAAGUAUUGAGAAGAAAGAGGAAGUCGUGGAGUUUCUGAUCUACCUGUCGUCACGAAUGCGGCGCAGGCUGCCGUGGUAGCUGGCCUUGCUGUGGACACUGCUGGCCUUGCUCCUGGUGGACGUGGGGUUUCCAUGGUGAGUUCUAAUUGGUUCAUCAAGGUCGUCUAUGACAGCCAGGUGGGUGGAAGAGGCGUGGGUGGACGUGCCCUAAAGGAGGAUGACAAGUCAGAUAGUAACUAUUGGCAUUGUGUGUGACAAAGAUUUGUGAUAUUUUUCAAUAAAAGUUAGACAAAAAUAUAACAUAACACAAUUUUCAUCAACUUUAAUGAAGCUGUUGUGCAAGUGAUAUACUGUAGUACACAGUAUGUAUGCCUAAACGUCAAUCUAAAGUUAUUGUUAAUAAUCAAAUUUCACAACUAUGGCAAACAGUAUAUUUGUCAUAACGGUAUAGUAUGUUGACUAAAUAUUCAUAAUAUAGUAUGUGUUCAUAUAGUAUGAUUGUUUGUAUAUCGCUCUAUAGUUUUCAUGGUGCUUGAGUUGGUGAUGGGUGACAAGGAGGAAAAUAAAGUUUGAGGGUCUCUGCGUCCUGCUUAUGUAAACCAAGGGCUGUUACAUGUAUUAUGUCAUGGGAAAAAAAAUGUCAUAGAAUAGUAUGUCAUCAAACUUUUAUUUAAGAAGUCUGCAGCAUAUUGUGAAAAUGUAAUGAUAUAGUAUAGUAUGUAAAAAAAGACACAAAUAAUGUCUUAGUAUAGUCUGUGAAAGCUUUAUAUAUAGUUAGUUAUAAAAAGUCCUAAUAUAGUGUGUAAAAGAUUACAGGACAGUAUUUAUAAAAAAAAGUAAUGAUAGUUUCUUUCCAAAAAAAUCAUAAAAAUGUCAUAGUAUACAGUAUAUCGUAAAAAUGUAAUAAAUAAAAAAAAGCCUAACUAUAGUAUGUUAUAAAAUGUGUCAAACAUUUCACAAUAUGUUAUGUCAGAGGUAGCUAUAGCUAAGGAAUAUACGUUAUUUUGUAUAUCUUUCUAUAGUUUUCCAGGUGCUUGAGGUGGUAAUUGGUGACGAGGAGGAAAGAAGACUACUCAUCAGACUCCAGUUUUAAAUGUCAAUGUGUCAAGAAUUGUCAGUAUAAUGCAUCAUAAAAAUUGUCAUUAUAGUAUGACAUUAAAAUGCUUUAGUAUAGUAGGUUAUAAAAUGUCUCAAUGUCACUCUGUUUUAUUAAAAUAUCAUCCUACAGUAUCAUUAAAAAGUCUCAUAUGAUAUAGUAUGUCAUAAAAGUGUCAAACAAAGUCAGAGUAUAGUCAUAAAAUGGCAGGAAAACGUAAUGAAAGUCAAAGAAUUCUAGGUCACGUAAUUGUUAUAAAAAUAUCUUUAAAAAUGUCAAUGCAUAGUAUUUCGGCCUCCACAGACCUUUUCUAGUUCCAGUGAAGAGAACUUUCAGUCCAUGCCGGAUUCAUACCAGUCUGGUUUUACAUCCUAAAUAAUACUACAACGGCUAUCCUGUUGCUCCAUGUGUUACAAUUACUUUUGAUACUGCUUUGUCACUGCUGUCCUACCUGAGUGGAUGUUCCUCUGGACUUCCUAGCGAUGGGGGUGUUUGGUUCACGCAGCAGAGAUUGGGCAAAGUCUGGCUGCUCCUGUAGCACCUGGCGAGAUUCAUUCACCCCACUACUGUGGAGAGGAGGUGGGGGGGAAGGUUUUAAGAAUGGGAGAUGAGGGAGGUGGGAAAUUAAGUAGUGUAUG